CAAGCUUAGAUUCCAAACUGGGCGAGCGUUGUGACCCUGCGCUAUGGUCCACCCCUCCGCAUGUAGCUGCAGCUGUGGCUGGUACCAACCAGAUGUUGACUUAGCGCCAGCGGAUGCUUGGUGGAAGGAAGCGAUUCGGCACGAGACAGAGAACCGGUGGUAUGUUCGUCAACUGCCAGGUGCCUGGGCUGCAACCUUUGGCGGUUCACAAGUCGAUGCCCUGAUCAAACACCAGGUGGAGGUGCCCUCCGACCGUUCCUUCCGGCCCUAUGGUCGCCGGGUGCUGGCGGAGCCGCGAGAGAGUGAGGAGUUCAAAAAAGCGAUGAUCUGGGUAGAUGAGGAAGUUCCGGAAGGACGAGGCCUACAAGACCUUGGAGUUCCUCGAGGAGUUGCUGAAGGACCUGGACAGCUGGUUAAGCCGACACAGACAGAUGAGCGGCAACUUCCACAGUCCCCGCCAUGGCGAGAGCCGGCUCCAGAGGCACAAGCCACAGAGCCUGUGGCCGUGACCCUGGCCACACAACCCAUGGAGCCCUGUUUGGCAUCGACAGGUGAUGCAACUCUUAGAACUGAGGCUCUACGGGCGGUUCCCUCUGAGGUCACUUGCUCCAAGUGUGGUGCCAUGGUUCCAGCUGACGCCAACUUCUGUCCGAAUUGUGGUGCAUCUAUGACAAAGCAACCAGUGCAGGUUGCGGUGGAAGCCAAGUCCAAACCAAGCAAACCAAGCAAACCAAGUGCCAAAGCCAGAUCCAAAAGUCCGGCCCGGGCCCACAAGCCACGGCUUGGCCACUGGAGCCUUCUCCGUCAACAGGAUUUGAAAGCUCCAGGGCCGCCUCCGGAGCCCAGAGAGACGCAAAGUUUCAAGCCACCCCGUCGAGUGACAGGUGCCAAGCCCAAGCCCCGCCUCGCCCCAAAGCAGUGCAUUUCCAAAGGCCAUACCUACUUGGUAUCGUGCCCACGCACUUGGUGGCCCGGCAUGCCUGCUGUGGAGAGGGUAGAAUGAUGGCCAAUUACUUUGCCCUGCCCUACCAGGCCCCUGAUGCUACAAAGACAUCCAGAGGGUUUGCUGCCUUUGGUGAUGGGCUGAAUUUGUGCAAAAUCUCGCAGUGCCGUGAGCACUAGGCUAAUGUUCAAUAGAAAAGGUGAG